CGAACAAAAAACAAAGAUAAUGGCGUCUUUGUAAAUAUGUCAAACAAAGGGGCCCACUAUUAGUUUACACUUUGCACCACACUACAGAACUAUUCCCAUCUACACCAAAACUAAUCCAAAAUUAUGUGGUAACAGGUGAUGGUUCAAAAGCCCAUCUUUCUCUCUCGCUCUACCUUUUCUUCUCUCUCUCUCAAAAUGCUUCUACUAUCUCCGAUCUCCACCUCUCUACCACCUUCGUUUCACCAGAGAAAAUCGAUCCGGCGACCAAUUAAGACGUUAUGUAGGGUCGUAGCAAAGGCUAAAGACAAUACCGACGACACUGGCGGAUUUCUUGAGACGGCGGCUGUUGUCGGUGGUUUAGUGUCGACGCCGGUUAUUGGAUGGUCUCUCUACACUUUGAAGACAACUGGUUGUGGUUUACCUCCAGGACCGGCCGGUUCAAUCGGAGCGUUGGAAGGUGUGAGCUACCUGGUGGUGUUGGGCAUCGUGGGAUGGUCUCUAUACACCAAGACAAAAACCGGGUCGGGUCUGCCAAAUGGGCCGUUUGGUUUGCUUGGUGCGGUCGAGGGCUUGUCUUACCUGUCGGUUCUAGCCAUUCUUGUGGUGUUCGGUCUUCAGUUUUUGGAUAACGGAGAUUUCUAUAUAAAAUUCAAGAAGGAUAAUCUGUAAUCAAAAUGCCAAAGAACGUUUUAAAUAGACCGGCUAUAUCGACACGGCGUCGUUUUCUCCUCUUGGUUAUCUUUUUCGAUCCAAUUUAUUAAUAACCGGAAUCCGGUAUAAGAUUUAUUUUGGAUUCGUUAAUUUCGAUCGUCUCUGCGAAUCCAAUCCCUCUCACUUACCUCCUGAAAAACCCUAGCUGAGCUCCGAGAUCUCUUGUCGCCAUGGGAGACUCCAAUGAUCCUUUCAUGCGUGACCAGAACGCCGCCGUUCAGGCGCGCACUAAGGCUCAGAACAGAGCUAAUGUUCUUCAGCUCAAGCUGAUGGGUCAAGGCCACCCUACUGGGUUAACAAACAAUCUCUUGAAGCUCUUUGAGCCACGGCCGCCAUUGGAGUACAAACCACCACCGGAGAAGAGGAAAUGCCCACCUUAUACAGGCAUGGCUCUGUUCGUGAGUAACUUCGCUGAGCCUGGAGAUCCUGAAUACGCUCCACCUAAGCCAGAAGUUGAAUUACCUGCUCAGAAAAGGGAGAGAAUUCAGAAACUACGACUGGAGAAAGGUGUUGAAAAAGCUGCAGAGGACUUGAAGAAAUAUGACCCUAAUAGUGAUCCUAAUGCUUCUGGAGAUCCAUACAAGACAUUAUUCGUUUCAAGACUCAACUACGAAUCCACUGAGAGUAAGAUUAAAAGGGAGUUUGAAUCUUAUGGACCAAUUAAACGGGUAGGUUAUUCUGAGCAUUCCCUUGCGGGUUCGGUAAGAAGUUAUGUAAUGGCUUCCCCCUCUCUAGCUCUUUGCUCAAUUCCUUAAGAGAAAAAAUGCACUUUAUCUACUAAACCAAAAAGGUCGAUCUGCUUCUGAAUAGCCAUAUCUAGUCACUUGGAACUUUCUCUAGUAAGUAAAUUAUAGAUGCAUAUAGUCAAUCUCGUGUAAUUGUCACAAACCUCUUCUGAGAUGUUCGGACAAAUACUCUAUUCAUUAUAAAUGCUAUAGGGUUGUAGGGCGCGAGAGUUUAAUCAGUGAAAUAUUUACUCAUCCUGGUAAGAAAAAUGCUUAUUUAGAGAUAUUUUCUGCCUUAUUCACAAGCGAUUCCGUCCCAAAGAAAAUGCUUCAUCAGGUUACUGGUAUUAAACUAUUUACGCCGUUGACAGUAUCAGAAACCUUUCUUGCUCUUCGUAUUUUAACUUGUUAAUAGGGACUUAGGAAUACUAUAUAUGAAGGCGAUCUGGUUCACUUUUGUGUACAUUUUUUUAGUAAUCUGAAUUUGGAAGAUGUUUCUAUACCCUGGUAAGGGGUGGUUUAUUAGACCUUUCGGAAAUGGUAAAUUUGCUGCAAUGCAUGGGUGGUGACGGUCUCGGAUUUGGAAGCCUAUUAAAUUAAAGGUUCAAGUGGUGAGUGACCAGCUGACCAACAAACCAAGAGGAUAUGCUUUCAUUGAGUACAUGCACACCCGUGACAUGAAAGCUGCAUAUAAACAAGCUGAUGGACAAAAGAUUGACGGUAGAAGAGUGUUGGUUGAUGUUGAGAGAGGUAGAACCGUCCCAAACUGGCGUCCACGCAGGCUUGGUGGUGGACUUGGGGCCUCAAGAGUCGGUGGUGGUGGUGGUGGUGGUGAAGAAACUGUUGGCGAACAACAACAGCAGCAAGGUAGAACAUCCCGGUCAGAGGAGCCAACAAGGCCACGAGAAGAGCGUGAGAAAUCUCGGGAAAAAGGAAAAGAAAGGGAACGAGAAAGGUCUCGUGAGCUGUCGAUUGAACAGCCUCGAGAGCGGUCUCAUGACAGGCCGAGAGAAGAUAGAGAGAGAGAAAGCAGACGUGACCGAGGAGGCAGAGAUAGGGAUAGAGAAAGAGACAGCAGACGGGACCGUGACCGGAACCGUGAUAGAGGUGAUAGAGACCGACGCGACCGUGACAGAGGACGAGAUCGCUCUACAAGGGAUCAUGACAGAGAGCGUGAUAGAAAGAGGGAGCGAGACUACGAAGGAGGUGAAUAUGAGCAUGAAGGUGGUGGUAGGUCCCGUGAAAGAGAGCCGGAGUAUGAACGGAGCGUGUCAAAGCACCAUGACCGAGACAGACAUGGCGAGCCAGCAGAGAGCCGUAGCAACUACUACGAAGACGAUCAAGGGGAGACAGACCGGUAUAGUAAUCGGUACGAUAAAAUGGAGGAAGACGAGUACAACAGAUAUGAGCAUGAUUACAAGCGGUCUGAGAGAUCAGAGUCACGUGAGUAUGCUCGCUGAUGUUUAAUGUUUUUGUUUUAAAGUUUUGUUUCAACAAAAAAGUGAGUCUAAAAACUCUGGAACUUGGGGAUCGUUUGUUUUUCCUUUAUUAUAAAUCAAACAUAAUGCAAUUUUGUUUAUUACUAUUGAAUAUUCUUUGCUCGUCUUGUGAUCGCUAUUUUAUUGUUGUACACCAAUGUUUUCAUGUAAUCAUUUAAUUUUAUUUAAUCAAAAUCUUAUGUUA